AUGGCACGAAGGGUUAACCUUGAAACCCACCACAUUUUUAUCAGUAGGGGUGUUAUUUUCUAUAAGGACCAAUUUCCUUAUAAAGCUGGUCCAAUAACUUCUACCCAUCAUGGCUCACAUUCUGUUAUACCUCUCCCACUCAGUCCUUAUGAUGAUUGUGAUUAUCCUUUCCCACCCACUCAUAGUGAGCCUACAAUUGAUUCUUCUCCAUCCAUUACCCAUGACAACAACCCCACAGUCGAUUCUACUAUCAUUCCACUCAACACCAUAAUGAGCCAACCAUCUCGACCUCGAUGCUCGACUACGGUUCCAGCUGAGUUCAAUGACUACAUUUGUAAGCUUCCACCUUCCAUCUUUAGACUAAACCAUGUUGCCUUGGCCAUUGAACCAAAACCCUAUGAUCAAGCUGCUCAGGACCCUUGCUGGCGCCAAGCCAUGGCCGUUGAGAUAGCAGCUUUAGAGCGCAAUGAUACAUGGAAAAUUGCUCCUCUCCCUCCAAGCAAACAUCCUAUUGGUUCAAAAUGGGUGUGCAAAAUUAAAUACAAAUUUGAUGGUACCAUAGAGCGCUUCAAGGCGCGUCUUGUAGCAAAAGGUUAUUCUAAAGUUGAAAGUCUUGAUUACCAUGAUACCUUUGCUCCUGUGGCAAAAUUAGCCACCCUCCGUUGUCUUCUUGCUGUGGCAGCAAUCAAAUGA